AUGGACGCGCGCGGGGGCGGCGGGCGGCCAGGGGAGAGCCCGGGCGCGACCCCCGCGCCGGGGCCGCCGCCGCCGCCGCCGCCCGCGCCCCCGCAGCAGCAGCCGCCGCCGCCCGCGCCCCCUCCGGGCCCCGGGCCGGUGCCCCCUCAGCAGGCGCCCCGGACCGAGGCGGCGCCCCCGGAGGCGGCGGACGAGGGCGGCCAGCGGGCCCGACUCCGCAGCCGAGACAGCUCAUGCGGCCGCCCGGGCACCCCGGGCGCGGCGAGCACGGCCAAGGGCAGCCCGAACGGCGAGUGCGGGCGCGGAGAGCCGCAGUGCAGCCCCGCGGGGUCCGAGGGCCCGGCGCGGGGGCCCAAGGUGUCAUUCUCGUGUCGCGGGGCGGCCGCGGGGUCCGGGCCGGCGGACGAGGCUGGCAGCGAGGAGGCGGGCCCGGCGGGGGAGUCGCGCGGCAGCCAGGCCAGCUUCAUGCAGCGCCAGUUCGGCGCGCUCCUGCAGCCGGGUGUCAACAAGUUCUCGCUGCGGAUGUUCGGCAGCCAGAAGGCCGUGGAGCGGGAGCAGGAGCGCGUCAAGUCGGCGGGGGCCUGGAUCAUCCACCCGUAUAGCGACUUCAGGUUCUACUGGGACUUCACCAUGCUGCUCUUCAUGGUGGGAAACCUCAUCAUCAUCCCCGUGGGCAUCACCUUCUUCAAGGACGAGACCACGGCCCCGUGGAUCGUGUUCAACGUGGUCUCGGACACAUUCUUCCUCAUGGACCUGGUGCUGAACUUCCGCACGGGCAUCGUGAUCGAGGACAACACGGAGAUCAUCCUGGACCCCGAGAAGAUCAAGAAGAAGUACCUGCGCACGUGGUUCGUGGUAGACUUCGUGUCCUCCAUCCCCGUGGACUACAUCUUCCUCAUCGUAGAGAAGGGCAUCGACUCCGAGGUCUACAAGACGGCGCGCGCCCUGCGCAUCGUGCGCUUCACCAAGAUCCUCAGCCUGCUGCGCCUGCUCCGCCUGUCGCGACUCAUCCGCUACAUCCACCAAUGGGAGGAGAUCUUCCACAUGACUUAUGACCUGGCCAGCGCCGUCAUGCGCAUCUGCAACCUCAUCAGCAUGAUGCUGCUCCUGUGCCACUGGGACGGCUGCCUGCAGUUCCUAGUGCCGAUGCUGCAGGACUUCCCGCGCAACUGCUGGGUCUCCAUCAACGGCAUGGUGAACCACUCGUGGAGUGAGCUCUACUCCUUCGCGCUCUUCAAGGCCAUGAGCCACAUGCUGUGCAUCGGGUACGGGCGGCAGGCACCGGAGAGCAUGACGGACAUCUGGCUGACGAUGCUGAGCAUGAUCGUGGGCGCCACCUGCUACGCCAUGUUCAUCGGCCACGCCACCGCCCUCAUCCAGUCGCUGGACUCCUCGCGGCGCCAGUACCAGGAGAAGUACAAGCAGGUGGAGCAGUACAUGUCCUUCCACAAGCUGCCUGCUGACUUCCGCCAGAAGAUCCAUGACUACUAUGAGCACCGCUACCAGGGCAAGAUGUUCGACGAGGACAGCAUCCUGGGCGAGCUCAACGGGCCCCUGCGGGAGGAGAUUGUCAACUUCAACUGCCGGAAGCUGGUGGCCUCGAUGCCACUGUUUGCCAACGCCGAUCCCAACUUCGUCACGGCCAUGCUGACCAAGCUCAAGUUCGAGGUCUUCCAGCCGGGUGACUACAUCAUCCGUGAGGGCACCGUUGGCAAGAAGAUGUACUUCAUCCAGCAUGGGGUGGUCAGUGUGCUCACCAAGGGCAACAAGGAGAUGAAGCUGUCCGACGGCUCCUACUUCGGGGAGAUCUGCCUGCUGACGCGGGGUCGGCGCACGGCGAGCGUGCGGGCUGACACCUACUGCCGCCUCUACUCGCUGAGCGUGGACAACUUCAACGAGGUGCUGGAGGAGUACCCCAUGAUGCGGCGGGCCUUCGAGACGGUCGCCAUCGACCGCCUGGACCGCAUCGGCAAGAAGAACUCGAUCCUGCUGCACAAGGUGCAGCAUGACCUCAGCUCGGGCGUGUUCAACAACCAGGAGAACGCCAUCAUCCAGGAGAUCGUCAAGUACGACCGCGAGAUGGUGCAGCAGGCCGAGCUGGGCCAGCGCGGCGGCCUCCUCCCGCCGCCCCCGCCGCCCCCGCCCCCGCCGCCGCCGCAGGGCGCCUCGGCCAUCGCCACGCUGCAGCAGGCUGUGGCCAUGAGCUUCUGCCCGCAGGUGGCGCGCCCGCUCGUCGGGCCCCUGGCGCUCGGUUCGCCGCGCCUUGUGCGCCGCUUGCCCCCCGGGGCCGCGCCCACCGCCGCCUCGCCCGCUGCCAGCCCCCCGGGCGCGCCCUCCAGCCCCCGGGCACCGCGGACCUCGCCCUAUGGCGGCGCGCCUGGCUCCCCCGCUGCGCCCCGCGCCGGGCCCGCACUGCCCGCGCGCCGCCUGAGCCGCGCCUCGCGCCCGCUGUCCGCCUCGCAGCCCUCGCUGCCCCACGGCGCACCCGGCCCCGGCCCCGGCCCCGGAGCCUCGGUGCGCCCGGCCAGCAGCUCCACACCGCGCCUGGGGCCUGCGCCCACCGCCCGGACCGCGGCGCCCAGCCCGGACCGCAGGGACUCGGCCUCGCCCUCACCCUUGCCCAGCGGCACCAGCGGACCCGACCCACUGGACUCCGCGCGCUCACGCCUCUCGUCCAACUUGUGACCCUCGCGCGCCGCCCUGUGGCCCAGCCAGGCCGGGGCGGGGCUGUCACUCAGACCAAAGCCAUGCCAUUGCGCAGCCCGGGCCGCCCGCCCCGGAAGCCAUAGAGGAGA